UGGCAACAACCUAGUUUUCAGGUAAGUCUGCAUUAUUAGAUUUCAUGGUGGAGCACAAAUUACCUCAGACAGUGCUUUUUCCCCCCCUAAAUUUUUUUUUAGGGGUACUCUCAUUUUCCUACUCAUAUUGAAAUACUGCCCCUCAAGGAGGCCAAACUUAGAUUCACAAACUGUUUAGGGGUAUACUUACCCCUGCAUCUCCCCAGAAAAAAAUGCACUGACCUCAGAUAACGAUGCUCUGUUAUUGAGUGGUAAUAUCAAGAGUGGAUGACCCAUUCCCAUCAGCCAUAAUGUUUUUAUUUAAAGAAAGACAAACUUGAACCUCCUCAUAUUUACCAUAUUUUUUGCUCUAUAAGACGCACCAGACCACAAGACGCACCUAGUUUUUGGAGGAGGAAAACAAGAAAAAAAAUAUUCUGAAUCUCAGAAGCCAGAACAGCAAGAGGGAUUGCUGCGCAGUGAAAGCAGCAAUCCCUCUUGCUGUUCUGGCUUCUGGGAUAGCUGCGCAGCCUGCAUUCGCUCCAUAAGACACACACACAUUUCCCCUUACUUUUUAGGAGGGAAAAAGUGAGUCUUAUAGAGCAAAAAAUUCGGUAAUUAUAAGAUCCCUCCCCCUGCAAUAAAAUUCUAAGAACUUGCCUCCUCUUGAAGCUUAACCAGGCUGAUCCUUGAGAGUUGCCUGCCUGCUUUAAUGGGAGUCGAAUGGUCUCAGACUACAGGUGGACUGAACUGAUCGAUCGAUCCUACAUACAAAACCAUUUCUUCUGUGCAGAAAUCCAGUAUGUCAGGAAGAAGAAAUCUCUCCUGCCCCACUCCCUGUUUUCUGGAUGUGGAUUUUUUUUUGUUUUGUUUUGGGGGAGCAAGGGGGAGCAUUUAAUUAUGUAAGCUCCCACCUGUAGCCUGAAGUGAUGCAGCCCAGAUACAAGUUUACAACCUGAGUGAGAACUAGGCCUGGGGGCGAAAUAAAACACUACACUAUUCAGUUACACAGCAUUAGUCCCUUGUGAAUCCUGCAUCAGAGCUGCAGGCCUGCGGUGCAGAGAUUAGUAGGGAAACAGAUGCUAUAGCAUGUUCCAAGGGGCUCUAAAGACAAGAUGUCAGCUUCCAAGCAGGUGAUGGUAAUAAAAAUAAGGAAAACGUAAGUUCCUGAUUUGGUGAUAUAGAUAUAGAUGUGAGCUUGUGGGGUCAGUCUGUAUGAUGCCUGAGUCUCUUCUAAUUCCGAGGGUCCUGGAUCCAGCAAGGGUUAAAAUCCAGUGGAGGAUUCCAACGUUGAACUAGCCAGGCAAGCUCUUUGGCGAGUUAAUGGCCCUAAGUACAGAAGUUGCUCUGGUUGUGAGAACGACAAUAUCCAGUGUGUGUGAGAGAGAGCUGAACUAGAAGCAGGCAGGAGCCCCAGAGUGAGAGCCACGCUAGAUUUCUGUUUGGCUCCAACGCUGUGAAUAUGGGAGAAACAAGCCCAUCUGGGGUGCUAAUGCACUGAGUCCUUCAUGUAGGGCCAGCUCAAGACAUUUUGCUGCCUGAGGCAAAGGACAAGAUAGCGCCCUCCCUCAAAGCACACAUAGAAGCCAAUUGGACUGGUAGUUGAAUUUUACUCCAUUGCUGGUGAAAGGAGUGUGUCUUCCACUGUACUUGAGGGCAGCAAGCUAGCAUAGGAAUGUAUGCACCAGGUGUGGACCCAUGCCUGCCCUCUGACUGGAAUGGGAUGAAAAUUUAUGUGGGAAGGUCAAUCAUUUUUUAAAAAACAUUUAUUUAUUUAUUAUUUUAUUUAUUUAUUUAUUUAUUUGAUUUGAUUAUUCAACUUUUACAUUAGCUGCCUCAACCUGAUUGCGGUCAUAACCUAAAACCCGUGAAAAUAGUUUUUGAACAGUACAAAACCAACUCAAGACAGGAUGUUUUUUUUAAAAAAUACAGAUAGGUCUGAGGCCAUGUUGCUGUUUUUUUGACAGGUUCUGCCCUGUUGCUUUUGAAUGCAGCCUGACAAGCAGAUAUUGCUUUCAACAGUCAGCUGACAAGCUGAAAUUAAGCAAAUAAAGCUUUCCCUGUCACUUUUAUCUCCAUGCAGAGAUGUGAAGGCCCACAGAGAAACUAAAGAUUUGGGGCAAGUGGAAGAAAAAUAUAUUUGUCUUUUAAAUGUUCUGUGAAGUGCUUGGAACAUUGUUGGUGCUAGGUAUAUGAUGAAUAGUGACAGUAGAACAUGGGUAGGCAAACUAAGGCCCGGGGCCCGGAUCCGGCCCAAUCACCUUCUAAAUCCAGCCUGCAGAUGGUCUGGGAAUCAGCGUGUUUUUACAUGAGUAGGAUGUAUCCUUGUAUUUAAAAUGCAUCUCUGGGUUAUUUGUGGGGCAUAGGAAUUCAUUAUUUUUUUCCAAAAUAUAGUCCGCCCCCCCCCAGGUCUGAGGGGCAGUGGACCGGCCCCCUGCUGAAAAAGUUUGCUGACUCCUGCAGUAGAAGUUCUUCUGCUUUAGGCCCCUUCUGCACUAUACAUUUAAAACACUUAAAACACUGCUUUAAGCAGCCAUGGUUCCCCCUGCCUCAAAGAAGAAUUCUGGGAACUGUAGUUUGUUAUAGUUCUCAGAACUCUGGGAACUGUAGCUGUGUGAGGGGAAUAGGGGUCUUCUAACAACCCUCAGCACUUUGUUUUUUGUUAGCUGUUUACUGUUACAGUGGUACCUCAGGUUAAUAACUUAAUUCAUUCCGGAGGUCCGUUCUUAAGCUGAAACCGUUCUUAACUGGAGGUACCACUUUAGCUAAUGGGGCCUCCCACUGCUGCUGCGCUACCGCUGCGCAAUUUCUGUUCUCAUCCUGAAGCAAAGUUCUUAACCUGAGGUACUAUUUCUGGGUUAGUGGAGUCUGUAACCUGAAGCGUCUGUAACCUGAAGCAUCUGUAACCCGAGGUACCACUGUAUACACUUGGCAGAAAGGUGGGAUACAAAUCUUUCAAUUUAAUAAUAUCAUGGGCCCUGCUAAUCGCCAGCAUUCCUAUUUUAUGGCAGGUGAGAAGUUAAUGAUUGCAAACGGGAAAUUGAACUGACACUUCCCAAGUCCAUGGCUAAUGUUAUAUUUUUCAGCAUGUAUGGAUGUUUGUUUACAUUAUAUUCCAUUAAUGAAACAGUUACGUUUUCUUCUGAAUUGGUUUUGUUCAGCUAUAAUAAUCCCAGAGCAGCCAUCUCCCACAUUUUUCCAAGCCACAGGGAUGGAUGUAAACAAACAUUUUUGUAUUAUUAAAGGAGCAGAACAAAAAUGGCAGCAAUGUCCCUCCUGGGCUAUGUCACUUCAGAAAGAAUUCCCAAGUUUGCCCAUGACAAUACUUGGGGGACCUGAUGUUCUGGGACUCUGCGUACAUAAACUAAUGAGGAGGGGGGCAAAUAAUACCAACUCAUAUGUCUCCUACAAUUGUCUAGUUAAAUAAGUGGCAAAAUGUCUGUGACGGUAUAAGCACAUCAUAGGAUAAAAAGAAAAUGCACAUUGAUGGCACUGUUGCUGGCUAAAUCGCAAAAGCAAAAGAAGAUAUAAUGAGCAAUGAUGAACCUUAUUCAUGCAUUUUAUUUAUGCAUAAAUAAUGGCAGAGUAUUAACAAUGAGAAAAGAUUUUUUCUCCAUUAUGCAAAAAACAAAAUAAAUACAUUAUGCUGUUAUUCAGAACUUGGUUAACUACUUUCCUUGAUUAUGAGGCUGGUUCACACGUACAUGCAUGUCACUUGAUGAGGGCAACGCCAAACAAUGAGUUGUGGGGGGUAAAUGGGCCUUUGCUGAUAGAGCACUACAGAUUGAUAUGAUGUGAGAUUUCAAUGCUUUUCAGUGGAAUCAUUUCAGACAUGUACAACGCCGUGCCAAUACAUAUCUUCUCAGAUGAAACUUUCGCUGAGUUGAGGAUUGCCAUGAAAAUCCAGACAAAGUUGUUGACAACAAUCCACCUGGACGCCAUUUUGACAGUCCGAUUCCUGGACGUAUGCGGGGAAACCCAGAUGUAUGACAGCCCUAGCUGAGUUCAGUAGAGCCUACUCCAGGUAAGUGGGUAUUCACUUACUUCGGAGUAAGUGUCAUUGGACUCAGUGGGACUUCUGACUAGACAUAUAUAGAACUGCACGGCUGGUUGGAUGUCAUCAGGUAUUCAAAUAUAUAAAAACAAUCAAGUGACAACCAGGCAGUCAGAGCUAUAUGACUGUGAGAGACGCAUGUGAGCUACUUCAGCUGAAAACUGCAAAGGUGAUACAAAAGUGCUCUAUGUGAUGAGUUAUUUACAAAUGCAAGCACUGAUUUGAUUCUUGCAUUGGCCAAUAAAUGAAAACGCAUGGAAUCACACAGGUAGGAGACUUAAAGGCCAUCUAGUCCAGUCUUCUGUUCAAUGCAAUUCAAGAUGCAACUUGACAACAUCUGCAUCCCUAACAGAUGGUCAUCCAGCCUGUGCUCAAACAAAUAAGAGUUUUCCCCCUUUUCACCCCCUCCCCAAAACAAGCUGUUCCCCUGUUGAACACCUCUUACUGGUAGGAAAUUACUCCCAAUGCCGAGUGGGUGCAAACCAGCUUUAAACUGACUCCUGUUUUGCAAAUAACACCCAUGAUUGCAACCCUUAGCACCUAGCUGUAAAGGGGCUUCCAGUUCUUCUGAUUCGGUGCUUUAAUGCUAAGCCAAACACCCAUAAAUUAGCUGUAGGAAGAGAUCCAUGUUUCAAAAGGGCUUUAAGCAUCAUUGGUGCAACUUUGCAUCUAUGGCCUGUGCACACAGGUCAAAAUGUCCCAUAUUCAUUUGGAAGGCAGGCAGAGUGAGAAUUUGCAAGGGUUGUGCAUGGUUAACAUGAAAGUUGUGGCUUUGGGCUGAAGCAAUGCUCUAUUUAAGCAUGCUUGUUCCAACUCUAACAAGGAGGUUGGUGAUUUAAGCCCACCCAGGGAUGGCUGUGGACAGGAUUCCUGCAUUUCAGGGGGUUGGACUAGAUGACCCUCGGGGUCCCUUGCAACUCUACAGUUCAACAUUUCUAUCUCUAGGUAUUUUAGAUGUUGCUUAAGCAAUUUCAAAUAACAGCUGUUGUAUUAAAUGCAAGACACCAAACUAAUCCAUGCAAUGGAUAUAUCUCCUGCUCCACCUUCACAGCAGAAAAUUCCCUAAUACAUCAUUCUGAAAACCUCCACAACGAUGCUUGUUUAGUUCCAUGCUCAAGUUUUGGACACUCAACCAAAUUAUAGUUCCAUAUUAGAGGUCCUUUCCUUGUAAAAUUCUAGCUGCGUUGCUUUUGUUAUGCUGGCUUCAAACUUAUAUUUAGACCAGGCAGAGUCCCAGGAAAAUGUUGGGAUGUGUUCUUUUCCCUAUAUUCCUACCUUUUAAAAAAAAAUGAAAAUGAAAUGGCAACUGCAUUCUCUCUUCCUCUAUUCAACAUAAAGAGCUCAGCACUCCACAACUGCGAGGGAAGCUGAUAGUCACACCUCAUGGCUUGCCAUGAUAAUGGCAUUUAUAAUAGCACUGAGGCAGCGCUUCAGUCAAGUAGUACUUCCAUUCUCCUGUCUGUAUUGCAGCAAUACUCCUCCUCCACUUUAGGCAACAAAAGUUUGAGAAACUCUUAUUCAAUCAAGGCAGAUCAAGUUGUACCUCAUGUGGAUUUGGGUGUGCAUUUCCCACACCCAAGACUAUAGGGUUCACUUCAGUAGUUGUAAGUGCCCACUGCCAUGUGUAUACGUGUCAGUGUCGUUCAGUUAGGUAAUGGUCUUCCUGCUUUUUUGCCCUGGACUUCUGCCUUGACAGAACUUUCUGCCUUACAUCUUUAAACAAGCCUAAAGAGCCUGUUUUACUUCCAGCAUUAUAACUCCCUGAAAAUGAGGCCCAGAAGCUUCUCAGUGCUGCUUUCCCUGAAGUAUGUGAUAGGAAGAAAGGGUUUAAGGUGCAUGCUGGCAUGCACAACAGGGAACACCAGAACACACAGGUUUUCAGAAUGGAGUUCAUCUAAAGUAGGCAUAGGCAGGCCAGCCCAAGCAUUAGGCAUGCUGAAUCAAGUGACUGGUAUGUCAGUCUUGUCUACAGUGAGUGACUACUGUUCCUCAUGGUUCAGACAGGGGACACCUCAGGCUCUCCCAGGAAAUGCCAGGCCUUGAACCUUCUGCGUAUAAGGCAGAUGUUUCACAUUUCACAGGCAGGCUGCUUACAGUCCUAUCCACAGAACAGACCUGCUUAAGUAGGAAAGGAUCACACACAAGUAUCCCUCGUGACAGCACAGCAGCAGCUCAUCGCAGUCAUCAGCUUAGUCUGAUGGUCCAUGGCAUAUUACCUUUUCCCGUGUCCUGUUUCUGUCUGUUAUUUGCCCAUAGAGAGUCUGUACAUUCCAAAUAUUUCCAUUUCAUUGAACGCUGUGCUUCUUUAGCAUAUACUACUACUACUAAUACUACUACUUUAUUAUUUAUACCCCGCCCAUCUGGCUGGGUUUCCCCAGCCACUCUGGGCAGCUCCCAAUCGAAUAUUAAAAACACAAUACAGCAUUAAACAUUAAAAACUUCCCUAAACAGGGCUGCCAUAUGGCAAAAUCCUAUUUCCAGCUGGACCUUUUCUGUCUUUCCUGUCCAUUCAUUUAUUUUGGGGGAGUUUUGCAAUAUGAAUAAUAGAAUUUCCAAGGCCUUUUUUCUGACUUGAAGGGGAAAGUAUAACAUUCCCCCUACCAUCUUCUACGUUGUCUUUUUGCAGCCAAGUCAGAUUUUCCUUUUCGUUGUUGCGGUCUAGUUACAUGUGAAGGCCGAAAUGCUCCUUCAGUUGUUCAUGGUCCUGAUCCUGGCUUGUCUCACACCCUCUUAGCGCAAAAUUUCAAAGCCAGAAACAGCUGCAACAGGUGCCAGGCUGGUUUCAUUUUAAUUCUCCCACCCUUCCAGCCCUUCCAAAGCCACCCCCUCAAUUUCGAUCUUGCGGGCUCCCCAAGAGAGGUCUCUCUUGCACACCCAGCACUGCUAUGUUCCCAUCACCAUGCCAACGAAUCAGAUCCCAUUACACUGGGAAGGAAAUGCUCCUCCUCUGCCCGGUGAACGGAGUAAAAUGGGCAGAAAAUGCACUCAAGGUUUGCCACUUGUUUGCGGCUGGCAAAUUAGUCUUGCAUUAAGUUUUUAAUGUGACAAGCUUGUUCACUCUCCUCUGAAGAUUGCUCAAGCAGGCAGCAGUGCUGGGAGAGAGGCAGAGGCAAAGGGAACAGACAGAAGGUGCUUGGGAGGGGUGGGAUAAAGGCAGCCUGUAUCUCACCAGAGCAGAUGGUGUGUGCGAAUGUUUGGAUGCAUCCCCACUGCACAGGCACACGGACGCCCCUCUGUCGAUGAUGGCAAGGCAGCUGGGUUACUAUUGCAAGUCGGAGAGUUUCAGAUGGUUUGGGAGCCUGGGAGGAAGGGUAAUGUGAGUGGUCCAAAAAGAAAGAAGAAAUGAGAUGCUGGACACCCCCAAAGCUUUCUAGUGGCCACAUCAAUAGAGACACUGAAAGACCAUUGUGAAAAUUGCUACUUUCCCCUUCAAAGGAAGAGGCAGAAUGGCUAUUUCCACAGAGGGGCAUGAGCACAUCCGAGACCAGUCUGUGAGUUUGCUUCACUUUAGUGUGGUGUCAUGGUUAACUGUCAGAGUGGUGGACUAGGACCUGAGAGAACAGGGUUCAAAUCUCUGCUCAGCCGUGAAGGCAAUCAUCGCUCUCCCUCCCUCUCUCCUACCACACUGGGUUGUUUUGAGGAUAAUGUUUGGGAGAAUGGAGGGAGAAAUAUGUGUGCUACCUUGAUCUCUUUGGAGCAGGCAUGUCCAAAAUCCAUUUCAGGCGCGCAAUCCGGCCUGCUGGUCGGUUAAAUCUGGCCCCUGUGGCAGGUUUUUUCCUGGGCUAAAAUCCUAAAACUCCAACCCUAAAAACUCCAAGCCUAAAAAAAAGCUCAACAACUGUGGGGUAAAAUUAUAAAAGGUCAACUACAACUUUGGUUGGCCCCCACAGCCCUUCACUUCAUCAAAUCUGGCCCACUGACACUACUGCAGUUUGGAGGAAAUGUGAGCUUCAAGUGGAAUGAAUGAAUGAAUGAAUGAAUAACACUCUGGCAGCUCUGUGUGAAUGGAUGGGAGAGUAACAAUGUAAUGGUUGUUUUACACACGUUAGCACAUACUUUAUUCCCUCCAGUUAUUAGUAAAACUGUAAUUCUUUAUCAUUCAGCUCUUCACAACUGGUGACUCCAAAGUCAAAAGAAACCCAUCACCAAUGUGUGAUGGGUCACCCUGCAAUGCCUCUCCUCCUUCCCUUGGUAUAUGGUGUAUAUCCCUUUAGAUAGGGGAAGGUGGCUAUCCUAUCUCCUCUCAGUCUCCUCUUUACCAGGCUAAACAUACCCAACUCCCUCAACCGUUCUUCAUAAGGCUUGGUUCCCCGACCCUUUAUCCUCUUGGUCACCCACCUCUGCACACGUUCCAGCAUGUCAAUAUCCUUGUUAAACUGGGACACCCAAAACUGGACACAGUUUUCCAGGUGUGGUCUGAACAAGGCAGAAUAGAGAGGUACUAUUACUUCCCUUAGUUGGGACACUAUGCUUCUGUUUAUGUGAAAAGUAAACUACAUUUCCCAGGGACCUUUGAGGGAAGCCAUGUUAAAUGUGCUUUAAAUGCAUGGUUUGUACACAGCCCCUGUGUCAAGCUUGCAGUAAAACACCAGUCUGGAGUCUGAGACAGCAACAGGCGAGGGAGGAAUAAAGCAGAGAGCCCCCCAGCAAAGAGAAUUGAGACUUUUUACUCCACUGCCCAGCUUUUAGCUUAAGUUCCCUGGGCCCCUUUUUUAUUGCCUCACCUAAUUUCUCCAUUCAAGCAGAGACACCUCUGGCAUUAGGGGAAGCAAAGUCCCCCACUACUUGCCCUUUGGUUUGAGAAGUAGGACAUAUCCACACAGCGCAACUGCGCAAGUGAAUUGGUUCCCAACAUAUUUUAGGAUAUUCUUUAUGCCUAGGGAAAUUUCUGCCAAUGCUUCUGGGGGGGAUGCUUUUGGGGGGGAUUACUUCUCCUCUUUCAUCUCAUCCAAGCACAGUCCCAUAGAUCACAGUCCACAUAGGAUGGGGAGCUUCCUCCCACACUGGGUCCCUUGCCGGAUUCAGACAGUUGCAAGGGCUACCAGUAAGACCUGCUGUGCUGUAUGUUGUCCCGUGUGACAUUAACCAGUGUCAGUCACAGGGAGUUACUGCAUUACAAAGAAACCUACAGAUGCAAUGUUGAAUGGGGAAGCUGAACAAAAGGCUUUCCUUUGUUAGAGGCUGCGAGAGUCUCAGGUCCUUUGUCUUUCAGACAAGACCACCUAAGACAUCUAGUGCUCCAGGCAAACAAAUCCAAAUGGCAACCCCCUCCCUUGGCAGUAAAAAAAAUAUGUUAACAAUAAAUUAUAGACACUCCGAUGAAUGCCCUUCAAUUGCUGCCGAAAGGCAACCGCCUUCCUCUGCCUAAUGGUAGGGCCAGCUCUGCUCCCAGGCGGUUUCCUCUCCAUCUACUCACCUAAUCUGGAUAGAUUUUUGUCUGCCAUACACCACCAUCCAUUUAUCACUCGGUGCCAGUCAUUCCAGGGAAUCUCUUAAUUUUGAGGUCUUUUUAGCACCCAUGGGUGGAAGUGGCAGUCGGCUGGCACUGCUCAAAGCUGGGCAGAGCUAAUGUAGGCAGGUGUUGAGCAACUUUGAAUCACAGAGUGCAGCAGCUUCCCUGCUAUUUUCCAGCGUGGCACAGAUUGUGUGAGAGGUUGGAUUUCAUCCUUUUAUCUUCUUGUGCUUUGCAACCAGAAGCAUGCCCUGCAUUGACUGGCACCACCAGAAGCUUAGAUGUCUUUUCCUGUUUAUACAGAAACAUCCAGAAGGAUCUGAGCCCCAUUGGAUCUUGUCCUGGAUUUGGUACAGGCAUCCCUCCCACUUACGCGCGAUCGUGUGUGGCUGUGUAUAUGCACAGCACCGAGAAAUAAAGAAAUAAUUCGUUUCAAACCCAGAAAGGGCAGGAGAGUGCCGGGGAGACCUCGUGGCUCGUGAGGAGACCCUCCCCAAAGCCUGAAGAGGAUGUAAAUGAGGGCGCAGGAAGCCACAGCUGGGCUUUGUUUAUGCUGCUCAGCCUCCCCACCUCACAGCUUCAAUUCCAGUUGUGGAUAUUUUGGGAUAUGGUACUUUUGGUCUGGAUUGGAAAGAGAGUGGCAGAGAGGGAGUUUAAAGGGCAUUUAGAGGGUGCUCCCAACUUUACGUGAUUUCACUUGUGCAUGCAGGACCCCAGAACUGAACCCCUGCAUAAGUGAGGAGUCGCCUCAAGCACAGGGGUGGGGAACCUCUGUCCUGGGGGCCCAAAUGCAGGCCCCUCUGUGUGGCCCUUGACAUUCUCCUCAAUCCACACCAGCUCCCCAGCCACGUCAGGCCACGCUCACUCACCAAACCUGUGUCAUAUCCUCCUAGGGUGCUUAUGCCUGGCUGGAAUGCAUCCUUAAACUCCGUGCUCAGGAUAGCUCAGUCAGUAGAGCACGAGACUCUUAACCUCAGGUUUGUGGGUCUGAGCCCCAUGUUGGGUGAAAGAUUCCUGCACUGCCAAGUGUUGGUCUAGAUGGCCCUCAUGGUCCCUUCUAGCUCUACAAUUCUAUGAUUCUGUGAAGAUGACUUUGCUUGCCUGGGCAGAGGAUAGAGGGGUGUGUGGGUGUGGGUGUGAAGAAACUGGACUACCGUACAGAGGUAAAAUGUACAUCCGUUGCUCCACCCAACAUAGCCCGUGGAAGCUCUCCCAGGGAAUAAAUGUGGGCCUCAGGCUGAAAAUGCCCCCCACUUCAGCUCUAGUUGUUUCAGACGUGAGCAGCAGAGGAAGCUUCCUCCUUCUGCAUAGGUUGAGGCCAGAGCUUUAGCUUCCAGAGCUUUAGCUUCUAUCCAUUGAGAAUGGCUAGAAAGCAGUCCUAUAGGGAAGGGAUGUAUUUAUGGAAUUUUAUUUCAGAGAUUGUUCUCUCUCUCUCUCUCUCUCUCUCUCUCUCCAUGUGUGUGUAUUGGGUAUCUUAUCCUUCAAACAAAUUCCCAGGGCAGCUCAACUGAGCCAAGUCCUUAUCAGUUUAAACUUGCUGAACUGAUAAAAGUGCAGGAAGAAGAUGCAUCCCACGCAUCUCUCUCCUUCUUAAGAUGCCAGCAGGCUAACUGGGGAGAAUGUGAUUUUUCAGAUAGCCUGGGCCCCAUCUACACUGAAGCCCCUUUUGCUUGUGAUGCAUCACUCUGCUAGCAUUUUUUAAUGAAUGCAGUCGCUGCUCCCGGGGCACAUGUUGUGGAAUAUGACGCUGUUGCAUCUCUCCGGCUACGUCUGCUGAAAUUCCCUCUUCCACACCAAGCCCUCUGACUGUCCUCUUUGGGAUUUGGCUCUUUGGGAUGUGGCGCUGUGGUCUAAACCACUGAGCCUCUUGGGCUUGCUGAUCAGAAGGUUGGUGGUUCAAAUCUGCACGAUGGGGUGAGCUCCCGUUGCUCUGUUCCAGCUUCUGCCAACCUAGCAGUUCGAAAGCAUACCAGUGCAAGUAAAUAAAUAGUUACUGCUGCGGCAGGAAGGUAAAUGGUUUUCCGUGUGCUCUGGCUUCUGUCACGGUGUUCUGUUGUGCCAGAAGUGGUUUAGUCAUGAUCCGGAAAGCUGUCUGUGGACAAACGCCGGUUCCCUCGGCCUGAAAGCGAGAUGAGCGCUGCAACCCUAUAGUUGCCUUUAACUGGACUUAACCAUCCAGAGGUCCUUUACCUUUACCUCUCUACUUGUAAUAUGAAGAACCAGAAUCUAAAGAAGUCCUUUAGGGUUUGCCUGAAAACAUGAGCACAUUUAGUAGAAUUUCCAACUUCCUGCCACAUUUGAAUAGCAAGAGCGCACACACAUCUCAUGUGCCACAUGUCCCCCUCCCCAAAUCUGCUUGAGGAAGAGUUGAGAGAUGCCACAGGUGGGAGAUUGUUCUGCCUGAUGCUUCCACUGGUGGAAAGAUCACCUUAGCGUGAUGCUGAAUUCCACCCUUUUAUCUGCCAUAUCAGAUUUCCGAGUUUAAAGAGUGCCUUCAGCUCCAUCAGUGAUUCUAUCUAGGGCUGCCAGAAAUUCAAGAUUGCCUCUUAUUUCUGCAUAUUUUAGCUCCUUAGAAUACAACAGAUGUCUCUUAUUUCACACCACAGAUCUUUGGGACACAAUAGAUGUCCGUCACUUUGCCACAUUACAGUUCAGACCAUAAUGGAUGUCCCCUGUUUUAGACACCAUCGUGCUCUGGGGCUUCCCUUAUUUUUGAAAUGUUUAUUUGGUAUCUCUGUUGGAUCUUCCUAAAGCUGCUAAAAAGGAGUUCUUUGGGCAAUGUGCAAUAGGCUGAAACACUGAGUCAGACUAGGGAGAGACUGUGGCUCAGAGGUAGGACAUGUAUUGUGAGUGCAGAAGGUCCUGGGUCCAAUCCUGAACAUCUCUUGGUAGUGCUGGGUAAGACCCCCUUCUGAGACCCUGGGAACCAGCUGCCAGUCAGUGUAGCUGGGGGAACCAUUGACCAUGCUGGCUGGAAUUCAACAGCUGAAAUCCAACAACCUCUUGAUGGCCGCAGGCCCCCAUCUUUGGUGUAGGAGACAAUCCUUACCUAAAUGAAUUGAUGGCCUGAUCAGCUAUAAGGAAACCAGGCAGUAUGAACACCUGUGAGAAAGAACAGACUUGAGGUGUUAACAGGACAGGAAGCGAUGACUAACUAAGGACUUCAGGUCCAUAUAUUGCAUGGUCAAUAGGGAGCACCCCAGUGUGGUAUAAUGGUCAGAGCCCAGACGUGGAGGCCUGGGUUAAAAUCCUUGAUCGCCCAUGAAACUCAUAGGAUAGCCUUGAGCUGGUCAUUAUUGCUCAACCCAUCAUACUUCAUAGGACUAAAUCAUACAGAGAGCUCAUUUGGUAGAGCACGAGACCCCUUAAUCUCAGUGUCAUGGGUUCAAGCCUCACGUUGGGUGAAAGAUUCCUCCAUUGCAGGGGUUGGCCCCUUCCAGCUCUACAGUUUUAUGAUUUGCUCAUUUAUUUAGGUGCAUGCAUACCCUGCCCACUAACUGAAGCUCUCAAGGUGUCUUACAGUAUAUUUAAAACACAAUAAAAUAGACAAUAAUAUAACAGUCACUGCAACAGGGCAAAUGUGUAUAUAAGCCCCAUCCUCACCCCGCCCCCCAUCUUCCAACAAAUGCCAUUCUGCAGCUUAUUCUCCUGGCUUAGAACUUUCUGUUGAAGCAGCUAGAAAUUAGCCCCACACAGGCCAGAAUUUCCUCACUGGGUGGCUGCUGCUGCUGCUGCUGCCUCUCACAGCCUUGGUGACAGAUGCAGGAGGUGCUGGGGAGGCAAAGAUGGUACAAGCCUUCCUCCCAGUUCUCAGUUCUCCCAGUUCCCUUUUGCAUUUUAUAGCUGCACUCAUAAGACUGGGCUUGGCCAUAAACCGCCCCCCCCACAAUGGAGUUGACACUUGGUGGCAGAUGCAGGCUUGGAUAAUGUGUGAAGUGGCCUGCAGCAGAAAUCUAGGAAGAUUUUAUCAUGCAUCUCUGGUUGAUGGGUUCUGUUAAUCUUUUUCUGCUGCUGCUGCUUCUCGCAGAAUGCAUUUCCCAUCAAAGAAGGCAAUCUGUUCAGACUGCAGAGUAGACACUUCACCUAGGAGCUUGUAUAACUAUUAGUGCGAUGGGUGUUUUUGAAAGAAAACUAAGUGAUGAGAUCCUGCAUCGGCAAAAGGCAACAUCAAUUUUUAAUAGCAAGCAUCAGCAUUUGUAAAAGUCACGUAAGGUGGGAAAUCGAUGGAGUUCUAAAACGGGCACAACCAAAGAGCAAGCGAAAAGGCCACCCCUCCUUUCUCCGGCAAAGGAAGAGAAAACAGGGUGCUGAGUCCGACACUGCUUGGAAUAGAAGAAGAAAGCUCCUGGGGGCAGAGGGGAGGGUGAGGCCUUUUAUGGAAAACAAAAGGCAGCAAGGAGAGGUCAAGCUUGGCAUAGAAAUCUGGAGUAAGGGCUGGAUGUAUUCAUCCCUUCUGGUUGUAGAACCUAUUCAGCUGUACAGAAAUAGCACUUUGUGCUCUUCUUUCUGAUCAAGGUGGAUGGAUGCAGAAAGAAGGCAGGACCCUCAGAAGACAGCGCCGUGCAGAAGGAUUUCAGCAUGUGGCGCUUGCAUGGCAAAUUGUGGGUGUGUACACACAGGCAUAAGCCGCCUUCUGCACUGCCUUCUGCAGAGCCAACUCCUUGGGGCCAAGGUCCCUUCGCCCCCUCAAUAAAAUAUUUGAGGGGGCGCCCCCCCCAAAUUGAUGGGUAUUGCCAAACAAAUGACGUGUGUACUGCAUGUUGUGACAGAUUAUGCGGAGUGGGGCUUACCUGCCCCCAAUACUUUGUUCAAGUUGGCACCCCUGCCAUGAGGGUCUUAUGCCAUUGUUGGACAGCAUUUGUGUAGCCGCUAUACACCCACACCCACACACCCCACCCUGCACAGUUCCAUAAAGAGUCACCUGAGAGAUACCUAAGCCAUUUGGUAUAUGGGAGGAAUUACCUUGAAAAUAAUUAAGGUUUUCUAAAAAAACCAUAUUUCCACCAAUGUUUUGCUCUUUAAAAGGAGGGGCAGAAGUAUUUGUGCUCAAAGCUAAGACUGCUGAACAGACUCUGGAGCUGUUGUGGGGGCAGGAUUGCUGUUAUUUGUUUUUUGUACCUUUAUUUUAGAUCUUCAUGUGAUAUAUGUGGAAAUUGUUCAGUUUGCUUGUGUACUUUUAAUGUUUUAUUUAUUGUAUUUUUUCAUGUUGUAAGCUGCCUUGAGCAUGGUUUGAACUGUGGAAAGGCAACAAACAAAUAAAAUUAUGUAUGUAUGUAUGUAUGUAUGAAAAGGACAGGCAUAAAUAGCCACCAUCAUUUUUUCCCUCCUUUGUACUUUGAACACAGUUGAAAAGGGGCUGGCUUUCACCAUUUAUUAUUAGUUUAUCAACAUCCUGAAGCUUUGAUCAACUUCAUGUUGUGAUCACUAUAAAUUUUUUCCACCCCAAACCAUAUUAUUUAACUGAUUAGGAUGGCAAUUUGAUAGAUUUGAGGUGCAUCCAUUUUGUGCAUUGCCCUUUAAAAAACAUAGCUGCAUGUUGCCCUUUAAGAAGCCACAAUGUUGAAUCGGUUGGUGUAACAGGGAGCAGACAUGUCAGAAUCCUGAAGUGCCUUUUUUGCACUCCUCAUUCAGUAUAUCAAACUGUGUCAUGUUUCUUGUACCUGCCUGGUAGGGAGGCUCUGAGCAUACUGUACCAUGGGUGCUUUGCAAUAAAACUCACUGAAGUCUGUUAUUAGCCUUGUGUGGUGCCAGAACAAGCAGCCUCUGAGCACACACAGAAUGCCCUGCCAAAAGGGGGGAAAAAAUUUAGGCAUGAGGUUGCCUGCAUGGUAUGAGGAAAGAAAGCCUGGGGGCAUAUGCUGAGUGCAGCAAUUUAACUGUGCAUGCAGCCUGCCCUUCCAAACAUCCGAUAUAUCAAUAAACUUGUAGGAUAUAUUUUUUUUCAAGGAGUGCAGCGGGGCUUGAAAGGGGAGGGAGCAAGGAAACUAAUGUGUGCAGACAGCAAUGAUUUAACAACCAUUCACACUGCCUACAUAGUGUGCAGGUGUGGACACUUGCAAAAUGAUGUCUAUGAAAGUGCUUUUAGGAAACUCCAAACUGAAGCGCUUCCAAGUGUGUGCGUAUCUACUUUAAUUCUCUGCUCUGUACAGCUAGUAAAUGUGCCUACAGAAAAAUCAGAUCUGAACAACCCCUUUGUGACAUAAAACUAUCAUAGGGAAGGACCUCCUGUGUGCCUUCUUCCUCAUCACAUAUGUGCUCCGGAAGCAUGAUUUUCAGCACAAAUCAGAAGAGGAUUGCACCAGCAGAGAAAUGGUUGUCAGGGUAAAUUUUACAGGAGUAUCAGAAUAAACGCCCAGACCACCCAGAGCGAUGUCUGUCUCCAUCGCGUGUAAUUUGGGCUAAACUGAAACCUUCUUCCUUUAAAAGCAGCACUGUCUUUGCUAUUGAUUUCAGUAGGAAUCGGUAAUGUAUACACUGCCAGGUGAUGUUUGCAAUGCAUACAUUGCAGGGCAGUAUAUACAUUCUGAACAGCAACAAGUUUGAAUCAGUGGGAAAUAUAUAAUUUCUAUUGAGAAUAGAACCAGAUGUAAAACCAGCCCUCCUCUUGAUGAUAUGGCAGGGGAGAAGUGGUAACAAAUAUUCAAAUUCAGUAUUCUGUAUUGGACCAUAUUUUUAUUCCUGUAGGAGUGCAACAACUUUAUAUUCUUCCUGACACAUCCCCCCCCCCAAAAAAAAAACACACCUUUGAAAGACAGAAUAAAAAGGAAAGUUAUGGGGAAAAAUUGGUUGCAAAUACUGAUGCUUUGUGGCAGUAAUUGAACUGUUUGCAAGGGAAUCAAACUUAUUUUCUGAAAGGAGAGCUGAUGUUACAGGUAACUCGCAACUUAUGCUUAGUUAACAUAUGCAGGAAUUUUUGAGCACUGCCAUGGAGGUGGAGGACAUUAUGCAGUUGGCCAAGCAAGUGGUGUGAUGGGUUUGUUGGUGUCAUCCAGGAAAAACUGCAAAAGCUAAUUGAGGGCCAAUGGGUAUUGGUUGUUUAAGAGAUGGGGAAACUGGUCAUAUUAAGUUCAGAGUGCAAGGAUGAGGAUGGGGGCAGUGCUGGAGGAAGGGGGUGUGGGGUGUGUGGUCCGCCCUGGGUAUCAUCACUGAGGGAGGUGACAAAAUGAGUUUAAAAUAAAAAAUUGGGCUCACGAAACUUUAUAGGAGUGACGUGGUGGCUUAGGUGCCUGCAGGUUCCGCACUGCCUGGAACAGCAGUGUGGGACUUGCGUCUGCCUACUACCUCUCCCUCAGCCACCCUACAGAUGAGGAGGAGGCGGUGGAGAGGCUCCAAGUGUCAGAGAGGCUCGCCCCACCCCCAUGGGUGGCUCGUCCCGCCCCCAGCUGCAGGACACGCUCCCACACCAGGCACCUGAGCGGCUAGUUACGCCACUGGAUAGGGGUGGGGAGCAUGAGCUAGCAAGCUGCAGGAAUUGUCUCAACUCUUCCAAGUUAUAAAGAUCUGAUUGCAGAGUUUGAUCCUUCCAUGGAAUGCAGCUUCAAGAUCCUCUGUGGGGCUCCAGGCACUCUGAGACCAUACAAGGAAAUGUUUGAUGAGCUCAAGAGUCAACAGCAGUAGCUGCCAAUCACCAUGUUCCUCACUAAGAAAGCACCAGCAGCAGCAGAUGUGCCCAAGCAACCCACCUCUGGGUCUGAACCACAGCCAAGCACUUCUUCUGGCUACUGGUCAAUCCCCUUGGUCAUAUCUGUAGCAGCAUCCAGCAAGGGAGAGAAGGAGGAAGACUAAGAGGUACACUGGAAGCUACAUUCAUCCCUCACCAGUUAGUGUUGUGAUUCCCCUCCUCCCCAGUUUUCUAGUUUUUUAUUUUUUUAAAGUGUUCUGGCUUUACACAAUUUGGCUUAUAGGCACGCUAGCCCAGAGUGUAGCCCUCACAUAAGUUGUGAGUUACCUGUACUAAGUUUUGUGGGUGAUCCUGACCUUUCUCCUCAAGGUGGCGCUCCUGUUGUGCAUUUCCCAGCCAUCAGACCACAAAUGUUGCUGAGACAACCUGAUCUCUCUCCCAACCUGCAAUAGUUGAACAAUAUGUUGAGUGCUGUGUGGGCUGGAUUUUGUAGUAGUGUUACAGGUAGCUACUGGAUAGUUCCCAUGACAUCUUAAUUGAAAGAUGUCAUGUACCCACCAUUUCACAGCCACCUUGUGGUCCCUCCUCCAAUUCAUCUGCCCUUUUCAAAUAAAAAGGGUUCAUGUCAAUUUCAUGCUCCUUCCUUUGAUCAUAAGGAAGUGAUGUUGACCAAAUGCUGAGAACAGCCUUCCUUUGAUGUGUAACCUCUCGCCUGGGGAACUUAUAUAACAGGGAGAGGGAUUUGAGUUGGGAUUGCACAAUAAGGGUAACUGCAAUUGAGGUACAGUUAACCCAUGUUUGCCCGGAUAAGCCUUAAACCCUUAGGAUGGAUAAUGAAUGGCAAGUUCAUGAAACCUUCAGCACAUAGAACAUAUAGGAUCAUGCAUUUGACCAGUGAACACUAUUUCACAUGAGUCCAAAAUGCAGAGCUGCCGUAUGUCUACACUUGCACUCUGUCCAACUCCAGCAAAAUAUUGGUCCACAAAAAGUAUCCUUGUAUUGCAUCUUGGUUUCUCUGGAAGCAGCAAGGCAGCGACUGCCUUUACCAAGGGAGAAAGGAAGUUGGAUUCAAAAAUGCCCUUCUGCUUUGUUUGUGACCCUUUCAGGCCUUAGGGAAGCCCUGCAGCUACUACACUGUGCCUUCCUGUUCAUGCUAGGAUCCUGCUAGGCUUUUUCAAAGCUGAUGUGGCACAGCUGGGAGCAGUCUCCUCUGUUGUGCCUUGAGGGGGUGGAGAAUGUGCAGAUCCCUUCCCAGCAGAUGAAAGAGGGAAGGCAAGAGGUGAGAGGGGAGAAUGUGGGGAUAGAAAGUAUCUUGAGGAGGCUGGUGUUUUUUGUUUUGUUUUGCUUUGUUUUUUGCCUCCUAAUGCAGGCACUGCUGUGGGAAGGGACAUUAGAAUGGCAUGGCUGUAUGAUUGCCUGUCCUUUUGCACAAUAUACAUAACACUUUAUGCUCGGUUGGGUUCGGGGGAGCCAGACCCCUGCGUUGCGGGUAACACGUUGGUUGCUGUAAAUGAGAUCACAUUUCAUCUUCUAUCAAUCUGAACACUCUGUGUCACUCUGCAACAAGAAAUUCUCCCCCAAGCUAACAUGUCCUCUCCACUGCUGUUGCAAAUGUGAUGCGGCUGCACAUGUGUCAUGGGACCCACUUUGAUAGAGCUUAUGGCAUCUUUAGAGUAGAGAGACAAACUCCCCCCCCCACUUUUCUCCAAAUGGUUCCUUAGGAGGACCCGCUCAAGGAAAGCCUAGCUAUUAUAGUCUCUGAUGACCUUCCACCAACUGGCAAAGAUAUUAGCCAGAACUUUGGCCUCUAAGAUGACUUUUAAAUAUGUUGAAACUUGUUUUUAUUGAUGUUUACCUGGCUUACUUAUGUAUGUGUGUGUGUGUGUGUGUUUUAAAAAGUGUUGUUAUCUUUCCAUAUUUUAUUUGUACCAUUGUUAGAUGCCUUGAGCAUCAUUGGUUCAAAGCUGGGAAAUACCUGGUUGUUCCUGAUUACCAGUCAUUAAGUGUUGCUUUUCCUCCUCUCUUGAUUCACACAUUGUUGACAUUAAUCUGUCUUGAGAGACAGACCUUGAGAGACUCCCUCCAGGGGUGAAGUCAUCCCGCUGGAGAAUCCCAGUGCCUGCUGUGGCUGCAGAGAAUUGUAACUUAAACUGCAGCCUCUUGCAUUGUUUUUGCUGCAUUAGCAGCACCAGAAUGACCUCCCUGGGGCACAAGCCUGGGCAGUGUGUAUGGAGGCCAAAGAAGAAUACAAACACAGAGAGAGUCUGAACCUUUGUUUUCAGUAUCAGGCGAGCCAGUUUGCUCCUCUUAAACAGGGUGCGCAAACCACAAUCACUAGUCAAGAACAAACCUGUACUGCAGAUCAUCGUGUUUGUCUGAAAGGAAAUAAACCAUGACCCCUGGUUUGGACAUAAUGCUAAGCCAGAAAUUGUAAUUCGUUUCUCUUGUGUGGUAGCAGGAAGGAACCAAGUGGCCCAGACUGGCACAUUCACAGCAAACCAUUUACUAUAGUUCACUGUACCAUGUAAAUAAGGUAAAUAUAUACAUGUAAUUCUAGCAAAACCUUUACAUGGGUUUCUGAUGAACCAGUAAGAAUCCACAGAAAGCUGGGGCUCUGAGGAGUACAAUGAACAUAUUUGUAGCCAAAGAAGUUAUAGCCACCUUGAACUUGCAAUGGUUAUGUCGUUUUAUACACAAAAAUGCUAGCAACUCUUAGAGGUGCUUGUAUCUGAGACAUUUAGAACAAUCUUUUAGAGCAGACUGAACCUCACAGGGUUAUUGAUUUAGCCAAAUGUUUAUAUAUCACCUCAAAGUGCUCAUAUAUUUAUCCUGAAUCAGCCCCCUGCUUUCUCAGCGCUGAGUUCUGACUACAAGCCUUCCGCUCACAUGAGUUCACCCUCGAAGCAAAUCACAGGGAUGAAACAAGUCUGUUAUCAACACGAGUUUACCAUACAUCCCCGUUUCAUCAUGGCAUGCUAAAACAGUUUAGGUUGCUUCAGUAGUUAAUGCAGGCAAUUGCCGCCGGAAUCUCAUGGAUGGGUGUGGGUGGGCAGACCUGUGUCCGCAACGCAGAUCUGGUUUUAGUUUCUAAUACUUCUGCUGUUGAUCUUGCUGACUCCUUACUUGGAAUUCCCUGGUGCUGGUCCCACAACCUGUUUACCUUAUGCUGUCUGGUCUUGCACACAUGGCCAUUGGCAGCCUAGGCAGACAGACGAAAAGAGUGGCGUUGUGUCAGCUCCAGGAUGCCCUGAAUGACCUCAUUGUUUCCUAAAGAAAACUUGACAGAGGGCAACAUUGAUAUGGGACUCUACAUUGCAGUUGCUGCGGUCGCUGCUUCCCCCCCUAGAAAAAUAGGUGGUAUUACUCAUCAUGAAGUUGUUACAGUAAGUACCACACUUUUUAAACAACAACAACAAAUGAGGUGCCAGUACUGCAUACCCUUAAGUACCCCCUGGAAAAAGCACUGGCUGUAGUUCAAAGGAUGCAUCCCUGACACUCUGCAACCUCUAGGCUGAUGGCAAGGGACUGAUUUGCCUUGCUGGGGCAGAGGCAGCAAGCCUGAAGCCAUGCUUUGCCAGCAAAUGUUCUGAGGAGGCGAUUUUUUAUUUGUGUGGUAUUUUUAUUUUAAAAAUAUGCAUCUUAAAAUAGAAUAGGAACAAAAUCUACCUUGGGGUGGGAUGGGGCGGACAACACUGAAGCUUGAAUUUUGUCCCAAUUUGUUUUGCUGAAAGGCCACUAACUUUCAGAUAGGGCAAACCUAUAUUUAAACAAUGGGGCAUGUUGGUGACAGGGCAAGCAAAAAUCCAAUAGGGUUAAGUCCAGCAAUUACCCUGAUCUUUCAUUAAUAUUCCACCUGGGAAAUGCUCAUUUGGCUCCCGCCCCUGUAUAUACCAACUGAUCUACCUGGGCCAAUAUAUGUCUCAUACUUAUCUCUCAGGAGACUUAACAUGCAAGAACCAGCUGAUCAAUUAAUGACCAGCUGGAUGUUGGGCAUUUACGAAGUGUUUCCCACUGUGAGCCAUCUGAUACCAUAAUCAUGGGAAAUUGCAGUCAAACAUAACUAGGCAUGAGUGCUAGUUAGAGCAUGAAGGGGUUAAGACCACAUAGUUAGAUUCCUAGACUCAGCUAGGUCAUGCCCUCUCUCUCUGAUAAGGGAAGUAGUGAAGCUUUAUCUUCCUGUCCCCCGCCCUCUCUGUGCCAUGUAACCAACGAGGAAGGAUGUGUCUAAGCUUUGCUCCAAGCUUAGAGCAUGUAUUUGAAGCUGUCUUUCUGUAUUUUCUCCCCAAGAGUAUUCUGCCCAUGUUCUCCUUGCUGCUGCUUGGAUAAAUGCAAAUCUGACCUUUGAAUCUGUAAGUAAAACAUUUUUAACUUACUUAGCAGUUUGCGGUCUGUUCAUUGCAAGAGGGGUAGAAAAGAGGGGAGUGCUGUUUGCAAGCAGACUAAAUGGGACAAAAGGGUCUAACAACCUAUAUUCCUAAUGCUAUACUGCUGCUUGACUUUUGUGAGUUUAAACUCUGAUAUUUGGGGCUCUAUUCUGCUGGAGUGUGAGUUUAGCCCCAUGUUUUGAAUCCAGGCACCUAUCAGAUUCUUUUGUUAUUCCCCCCCCAUGGGUCACAGGGGUUCUAUUUCCUUCCCACAAUACAAAGAUGUAAAGGUGUCCUGUGAUUCGCAGGUGGGUUGUGCUAGGCUCUGCUGCCUCUCUACUGAACUAUUUGCCUGUCUUCAGGACAACAGUUCCAAAAUAUGUUCAGGUGUCUGUAUCAUAGUACAAAUCACAAAGUAGGAAGUUUUCCUCAAAGAGGAGCUGAACCAAUGUUGACACCCCCCUUUUAUGGUUAACACAGGAAAUAUUUCCAAGAAGAUGAUCGAAACACUUAAAGAAAUAUAUAACUGACUGGGUAGAAGCUGCUGAGGGUCAAAAUGGGCAAUAUUGAAUGAAUGAAAAGGCUUAUCUGGGGAGAAAAAAUGAGCAGACUGCACCAAAUGAGAAGAAACACUAAAAUAUCAAAUUACUACGACUAAAGUGCUAAAAUAGCUAAAGAUGAAGUUACAACGCCAGGGCAAGACAAGCUAAAAUAGCUCAAAAAAGUUACUUCUUCAAUUUGAAAAAUAGGCACGAUUACUCCCAGGCACUGAACAAAAGCAAGUGCCUCUGUCUGAUGGCAUCUGGCAAAUCUCCACACUAGCAUCACCUGAAUUACUACACUGCAUGAAGCAGCGUUUACAGCCAAUGAAAAAGCAUUUCAGUUUAAUUUCAAAUUACAAUAAUGGGCAAGGGAUGAGUAAUCAAGGCAAGGAAGAGAGAAGGCAGUUGUAAGUAUCUGGAGGGGAUCUCAACAAAGGAAGCUACCUUACACCGAGUCAGACCAUUGUUGCAUCCAGCUCAGCACUCCCUGCACUGACUGGCAGGGGCUCUCCAGGGUUUCAAACUGGAGGCAUUCCCAGUCCUACUGGGAGAUGCUGAUAGACAAUGCUAAGCUAGCCAGACCAUGAUGGUCUGACUCCAUAUAAGGCAGCUUCCUGUGUUCCUGUGUCUGCCUGACUUCGGCACUGAAUGGUUGCAGAAUCUACACACAGAGAGGAUUUGAAAUAUGGGCAAGCUUGAAAGGCUGUACCUGUAACUUUGUUAGGUUCCUAGUGAAAAGUCAUCUUUGGAUACAGAAAAUGAGGUUGCAUUGUUAUCAGGAAGAAUACCCCCUGCCCCAAACAAACAGAAGAUCACAUACUGUUAUUUCCCUGUACUAUAGAAGCACAUUAGGGUAUCCUGUUUGGCCAGAGCAGUGGCUAGGUGAUCUUGCGCCCCUGGCAAAACUGUCCAGAUUGCACCCCCUAGCCACGGACAAAUUAGCUCUUCUUUCCACCUCUCCUCCAACCCACCCCCAUUCAAUUAACCCUCUGUUUAAAACCUUUUCUUAUGAGGAAAUAGUCAAUAUUUUUAUUUAUAGAUAUAUUUAUUUUAAAGCCGAUAUUUAUUUUAAAGCUGAUUUUGCGCGCCCCCUCGCCUGUGCCCCUGGUGAGGGCCCACCUCGCCACCCCCUAGCUACAGCCCUGUGUUUGGCAACAGCCUUUUUGAUACGUCAUACUUAGAAUGGUAUAAAGGUAAAGGGACCCCUGACCAUUAGGUCCAGUCACGACCGACUCUGGGGUUGCAGCGCUCAUCUCGCUUUAUUGGCCGAGGGAGCCGGCGUACAGCUUCCAGGUCAUGUGGCCAGCAUGACUAAGCUGCUUCUGGUGUACCAGAGCAGCACACGGAAACGCCGUUUACCUUCCCGCCGGAGUGGUACCUAUUUAUCUACUUGCACUUUGACGUGCUUUUGAACUGCUAGGUUGGCAGGAGCAGGGACGGAGCAACGGGAGCUCACCCAGUCACAGGGAUUCGAACCGCCAACCUUCUGAUCAGCAAGUUCUAGGCUCUGUGGUUUAACCCACAGCACCACCCGCGUCCCUCUAGAAUGGUAUAGCUGUGAGCAAUUUCCAUGACUAGUUUUAAGGUAGGGUCACAACCAAGGUGGCUAAUCACAUGCAUUCAGCACCCACCUUGUUCACUGACUCACUGCCUUUCCUUAUCAACGUAAGCUACCUAGCGUUUGCAGAGGAAGUGAUGCAGAACUGCUAACCUCAAUCAGUCAAGUUUCCCACCCCUCUCCCAUGAUUAUAUAUAUAUUUUUAAAUUUACAUUUUGAGUUAUUUUUGUUUUCCUUUCGGAAGCCAAGCUGGUUGACUUUAUUCUUGUGGAAAGCAUGAAAAUUCAGAUUAAUAUUUCAUUUCCUAUUUGCUAAAGGAAUCAUAUUUGAAUUUUAUUUUUAUUACAAAUAAACACAGGCUCCAACUAGGUUGCCAGUAGUAUUAACACUCUUUAUUCCUUCCCAGAACCAAAAUUGAAUAAAUAACAAUAAAGAAGAAGGAAGUUUUUUUAGAACAAACAAAGCUCAGUGUGGGGUGGCGAUAGGAAAGGCUGCACGUGUGUUUGAAAUAAUGGAGAAGAAAAAUCAAAUGAAUAUUAUUAACACUAUUCAAAAGUAACCUGCAAUUUAUGGUAAAACUCUUCCGUUAUGCAUUAAAAAAAUUCUAUACAGAAGUUUAUCACACAUGUCUUUGAAGGGUACAUAGUUAAUCUCUGCUUUCAUUUGGGAAACUGAGGUUGCAGGUUCUAUACUCAGUGAAUCUAGGGCUAAGCAGAGAUUUCAUAGAUCUUAAGUUUAGCUUUGAUACCUAUCCAUUGCACUAUUACAUCAAUUUUGUGAACAAAUUUAUAAGCUUUCCUUCCCAGUUUCAAAAUUCCAGAAAUUUUAUUAUAUUUAAAUAGAGCAUUCCCCAAAACAUUUUUCAAGAUAUAAUUAUAAUCUAUUGGAAGAAGAUGUUUCUUUCUGUGGUCAUGUUCAUUAAUUUUAGUGAGGUUAUUCUAAGUAGGUCUGACAUUGGAUACAACCCACAGUGCAGAGCACAUUUGCUGCAAACUAUUUGCUGUUCAUCUUGGAUAUUGAAAGAAUAUAAUAGCCAUCAAUGGAGAGAUGUGUAGUCCAUCAGAUGUUUUGAUAUACAAGUUUUGGAGAGCAAUGGAGGUCUUCUCUUGGUUCUUACUUUUGUGUACAUUAUGGACUCCUGUAUUGCCAGCUUGCAAAGUUGCUUGGUCUUGCCACGUGAUCUGGUUGCUCACCCAAGCAGACCGUUUGCACAUUUUGUAGCAUUUGAACUGACCCUUGGUGUGUUGCUCCAUGAAGUCAGUCUCACAGCAGCAUAUUUGAACCUGAGUCUCUUUACGUCCAGGGUGAACAUUCUGUCCUGGUACCAGAGUGACUCUGUAGCAACUCUCCUACUGCCAGCAACUUUGUGGAAAAAAGAGUUGAGAUGGAGCUAUUUAUAUCUAUAAAUAAAUAAGUAAUAAUAAAUACAUAUUUUCAGAUUAUGGGCAGUUCGGAAGAAGAUGAGAUUCCAAGGGGUGGCUUAGAGGAAAAUAAUCCAGUCUGGCUUCUUCAAGGACUCCUUAUAAAAGCAUGACUAUGUUUUGUUUUCUAAAAACCAUGUCGCUUCUUAGGAGCAUACAAAGGGAGAGGAGAGACAGCAUGCCCACCGAACUUUUAGCUUUUGCUGAAUGGUAAACAGCACCUUCUGCUUCUAGAGUUCUUUGAGCCUGCUUGUUUGUUUCUGCUGUUAGUCUCUAGUGUCAAAAGCAAUAGUGACACACUUAGCUCAAGAGCCAGCUGCCUUCUGUGGGAUUCAUUUGUAUGCCAUACUGCCUGUUCCCGAUUCCCUCCUACCCCCAAACAAAUGCUGGCUGUGCCGUCUUGCUGCUUGGCUUGGAAUGGCCCCAGAUUUUUGGGCGAGUUUAUAUCGCAAUAAAGAGCUCCUUUCUCUCCCGCCAGUACCGCCGAGCCUGCUUCUGUUUGGUGGCUCCCAUGAGGGAUCUCAAAAUUACAGCAACAAGCAGCCUGAGAAAACCCAGUUUGCAACGGGAGGUUGCCAUGGACAGUAAGAAUGGAAAAGUCCAUACAGGCAAGAAGCCAUGUACAAGAAUUGGAUUAACAGCUGGUAAGAGCAAUGUACUACCCUGGCAAGCUUGGUAGUAUGGGCAGGGCAAGGACUCUGGCAGAGGAGAAUUGGUGGGUGGGUGAUAGGGAUGAGUAAGUCCUUCAAUUCCAGUUCUCUCUGUUUCUCUGCUUCCUAAUCUUAAAUUUCCACAUUUCCACAGCAAUCUGAGAAAAUCCCCCCAAAACACAUUUUUGUAUGCUAUUUUGACAAAUAUACAUGGUUUUGUAGAUAAUUUCCUGUAAUACAAUACCUAUUUGUAUGUUAUUUUCACUAAUAUAUGUAUUUUAGUGCACACGUAACCCUACUACGUGCAUUUUCUACACAUUGCUUGUAUUGCAAAAUUGGAAGAAGUGCGAAUUUCAAAAGGUUUAGUUCAAAUAAUGCUUAAAAAAGUGCAGAUUUGGUAGGUUCACUUUAAAUGUGAACUGAAUCAAAUUUAUCCCUCAUCCCUAGUGGCGGAUGUGGCUGAUUCAUCCUUCCAUUGCUGACUGAUCCUUCUCCUAUACUCUACCCCACCCCAGUCUGGCUUACUACUCCCAGAGCUGGGUAGGGAGAAAUAUAGGGUUGGGGCACCUAGGGGGAGAGGAUACAUAACCAGAGAACUGGUGGACAGGGGAGGGGUUAUAUUAAAUAUCUCCCUCAUUUAUCAUGUUGGGUAUUGGGGAAUGUGGGGGACACCACACAAAGAGCCUGGCCUGUUUACAAAAAAACAACAACAAAAAAACCCACAAAAGUUUUGGGGGUGAAGAUUGGGGCUUUUUAGUUUAGAGGAAAAGGUGAGUAAGGAGGAACAUGAUAUAGACCUAAAAAACAUGCAUCAAGCAGAGAAAGUGAACAGAGACACAAUUUGAUGCAUAAUUUGAUCGGUCAUUCAAUGUAGCUGAACUGUAGAAGAUUCUAUAUUGAUAAGAAUAACAGCACAUAAUUGUGGAAUUCACUAGCAUAGAAUAGGGGAUGGCCACCAAUUUGAAUGACAUUAGAUAAAUCCCUAAAUGAUAAAGCUAGUAAUGGCUACUAGACAUGAUGGCUGCAGAGAGGAUGAGAGGCCUCUGAAUGCCAGUCGCUGGAGAACAACAGGUGUCUAGUUGGCUGCUAUGGGAAACAAAAUGUUUGAAUAAUAGGCAUUUGGUCUGAUCCAGGAAGGCUCUUAUUAUGUUCUUAGCUGGCAGAAUAUUUUGGACAGAAAAAUUCAAUGCUGUCAAAAAAUAUGUCACCCUAUAAAUCCCUCUCCUGUAUCACUAGCGGUGGAGUGCAAGAUGGUAUCUCAUGUGCUUGUGCUCUGUGAAUGUGUCCUGGAACAGGCACUCUAAGCCCCAAAACUGUCAGGUCUAUUAUCAAUGCAUAUGUGCAAAGGAACACUCUGAUUUUUAAAGGAACUGAUACAGCCUAAUCAUUGACCUCGUGGAUAUCAUCUUGGUGGUGAGUCCUGGAAGACCUGCUCUCGCUUGCAGGCCUUUUCUCACCUGGCCUUGGAGGGCAGGGCCCGAGCUGACUCCAGCCACAAAAGCCGAGGCUGCUGGGGUUGGGCUGGGGUAUUGUUUUGCUGGGCUGGAGUUGUUGCUGUUAAUUUUUUUGUAUCUUUAUUUUGUAUCUUACGAUUUAUGUAGAAAUUGUUCAAUUUGGUUAUGUGUUUUUUAUGUUUGAUUUAUUGUUUAUGACUACUUUUGUUAUGUUUGUAGUCAUGUAACUUUUUUUAAGCCACCUUGAGCAUGGUCUUAACUUUGGAAAGGCGUCGUACAAAUAAUAUGAAUUGAUCAAUCGAUAUGGGGAAAGUCACGGGAGUCACUCAAAAUAUACCACUGCUUCUUCUGUUGAAGUGAUACAACUCUCUACAUUUGUAAAGAAUCUAUGUUCCUGAUCAGCUUCUGCAAAAUGCCAGUGAGAAAAUAAACCUAGCCUAUUACUUUUUUUUCUUCCAAAGGUUGAACUAACCAAGGUUAGCUGAGUCCCAGAAUAAACAAUUUUUACCCUCAGGCCAAAGGCAUGUUUGAUAAGUGAUUUCUCCAUCAGGAUAAGAAGCAUGUAUUAGAAGAAUAUUCCCAGGUGCUCAGUGGUACAUGCUGAGUUUGCGCCUUAGCCUGAAGUUUUAUGAUUUUCUGGGUGUUUGUCGUGAUUUUAGAAAGCUAUUUUCACUGAUUUUUUAGAACCUGAAUUAUAUGUUAGUACUUGUUAGAACCAUAAGCAAUAUUUUCUUCUUUUCCUAGACUUCUCAGGAUGCAUGUAUCACAGUCCAGUCCUUGGAUGCCCCCAGAUGCCUCUCAAAUACUGACCUUGAGUUGGAGGAGCUUGUCUUAGAUGCCUCGCAUUUAACCUUCCCAAGGCACGGUUUGAGGGGAAAUAAUCACCAACCUUACAUUGUAUUAUCAUCUAGUAAGCAUUUUCAUGCACAUUUCUCCUAAUAUACAUAUUUUUGUAUGGAAGCUUAUAUAGUAUUUGCAUUUUUGAAAAUGACUAUCCCCUAACAGAAUGCAUUUUCAUACAUUAUUCUCAUGAAUAUCUGCAAUUUUGUGUAGACUUUUCACUAACACAUACAUUUUUGUGUGCAUUGUUUGGUUAGAGACUCGGGAACAUUUGAGACAAGACUCCAGGGUUCAAACUCAACCAAACCCAAAUCGGUUGGCAUGGAUUUGUAAUUUGAGGUUUUAAGCCCAGGUCACAGCAUCUUGGUCAUGUUGUGGGGUGCUACCUAUGCCUGGUCAUACGUGAGCCUGCCUGAUCACAGUCAAAUCUGACUAUUAAGCAGCACAUUCCUCUGGGAGCGAGAGUAUUUCUAAACGCAGUGUUAAAUAAUAAUUACUGUAAUUCUUUAUAACCCUUUGGACUUCACAUUAAACACACACUAAGCAAGAUGGGACCCAUAAAAAUGAAUGUUGCCAUUACGGUAUCCAGAAUUAUAAAUGGGCUCUUACUGUUAACUGCCAGAAGUGGGUGUAGAAUACAGCAGAAGACAUAAGACCCGUAUUCAAAUACAUUUGGACGGAGGGGGAAACACACAAAUGUUUGGAGAUGCAGGAAAGAUCUUUCCUAUUUUUAGAUAACUGACUUGGGUCACCUUGAAAUUCACCAAAUACUCCCCCCCCCAACUGUUUGAAGACUUCACAUAACUGAACUUCGAUUUAAAGCCUUGACUCUCUUAUUCGGCUUAGAUCCUUGUCUAAGGUGGUUUCCUCCAGUAUAGUUUUUAAUUACUGCUUCAGUAUAAAUUACACAUGGAAGACUUUCCUUCCUGUAGCUGCAGGGAAGUUUCUAAGCACAUCACAUCACAGAUCCAGUGUGCUUAUGGCAGGCAGUAUUAUUUCUAGCACACCCAAUCAGUGCAAAACGAUGACAAAACAGGAAUUUGAGUAAGGCUUUUUCAGGCAACAACAACAACAAAAACCCUCAGCAAAUUGGCAUUAGGGAAGUCACUGGAGUGGAGGAAUGAUGUCCUUCUGUUCCAUAUUUCCGUCUAGUCCCUAGCAGUUCAUCAUACAAAUUUGUGAUUGGCAUCCUACAGCAGCCCCAUCCUCUCCUCUUCCUUGGAACUGCUUGCUUUGAUUUUUCAGCACCACCCAGAUGCUAGCUUUUGUACACAUGAGAGAUCUAUGCUCCCAUGUUUCCCCAGGUUUUGGGGUUCCAUGGCAAAAAUAUUAGGAACCUAUACAACCCCAGGGUGCAUUUUCCCUCCUGAAGGUAGUUUCUUACAGUGCUACUACUGGGUCAAACCGACUCAACAGCAAUCUGACAUAUUUGAGUGCUGGUCAAAUAGGGGCUCAGUGAUGACCACAGCCAAUCCAGGCUACUGCCAUAUUGCAACUGACCUAUAACUAACCAAGGACAAUUGUGAGCUUUUUGAACAAGAAGGUGAUAUGUUGCUGAUGUGCUGUGUCAAACUAGCCCCAGCAAAAUUUUUCAGUAAUUGGAAGCAAGGGUUGUGGGAUAUCAAUAGGAAACUGCUCAGUAGUUGGUCACAUAUGAUAGUGUUGCAAGACCAGGAAAAAACUUAGUGAGAGGCCAGGAAGUGGUGAAGCAGAGUCUGUGGGGGAAAGUUCUGUCUCCCAUACUAAUUCUUUCCAAACAGAAGCACUGUUAUGUUUCACAUUAAUGUGCCGAUAAUUAACUGUAUAUACUUAGAAGCAAGUAAUACUGAUUUCAGCAAGAUUUAUGUCCAGCUAAGUAUGUUUAAGAUUGCAGGCUUAAUUUAAAAUUCUAAUUAAGAUUCUAUUAAUGUUUUUAUUUAGGGACAAACUAAACAUUAUGAGGAAGAACUGUAAUUGGAUCUCCCAAUGUAUUUUUAUUUUCCUGAAAGAAAAGAAAUGCACACAGGAUGUCCCAAAAUUGGUUUGGGACUAUAAUGUAGGAGAAAAGAGGUUAACCCUUUCAUCCCAUCUCAUGGAAAGCCCCAAGAGCAAUGUAGAGGAAAGUAUACAGGGAUCACUGCUUCCCCUGUGCCGUGGCUCCAGUGCACCCCUUAGAAGGAGAAGAGGUAGAAAGGCAGAUGCAGUCAAGGACCUCCCACGUAAUGCCUCAAACUGGUUACCUCAAACUUAUCCAUGUGUCUUUCGCUCCCAUCCUUCAGUUAGGUUCAGGCAAGAUGUUUAUGCCAAAGUGUUCUGGUCCCUUUGCUGAGAUUCUCCUUAUUAGUGCAUUCUGCCUGCAUCUCAGAGAAAGCUGAAGCAAGCCAUAGCGAUUGGCUGGAGCUAAGGCAGAAUGUAUGAAAGUAUACAUGAACGCAUUGGCAAAGGGGGUGAACUGCUUGCUCAUAAAACCAUUUAAUACAUGCUGCCAAAGUCCUGAGCUCCAGCCAGCAGCCAAAGCAAACAGCUUGAAUAGUAAGGCACUGCACUCUGCCAGCAAGACAGGAACAAAAGGUGGGGAAGACAGUUUUCUGGGUGGGCUAUUGUUCCAUUGUACCACCUAUGGAACUGGGCCUUUGGUGCAAUUUUCAUUCACAGCUACAAAAGUCACAAACCACAUUUUUGUGAAUUUAACCAGAUAGAAUUUGAACACACAGGGAAGACUUAGGGACCUGAUAUUUCCUAACCUGACAGCAAUAGCAAUCAACAUGUCUUUUACAGCUUCACUGUAUUAAUCUAGCAACACCAUGUCAGCUUAACCUGAACUUCUAAAGUGGAAUGUAUGAAUGAGGCUUACAUCCUAUUCACAUUUAUUUGCAGGUAAGUCCUAUUAAGUUCAAUGGUUCCGCUGAGAAAAUAUGCAUCAGAUGGCCCUUUGAGGAAAGUUAAAUAAGAUAUAGGGCUUGUUUACUGAAUGUCCAUUUAUGAGAUAUACAAUCUGCAAACAUGUUUUCUUUUUCACUGUUUCAGGUGUGAGGCCCCGAGUGCAACAGUCAACAUGGUGGGCUUCACACAGUCACCAUGAGGAUAUUCCAGGGAGAAAGGGACCUGCUCCCUAGGUGUACUGUGUACCCUUGUAGGGUUGAACCAAGAACACGAAAAGAUGCAUUCUCAAAUGCUCAGUAAAUUCCCUUCAAAUGGUGAGAAAGGUUGGGUCUGCCAGUUUCAAACAAUGCAAACUCUGGGGCCACGAGGCCACUUUGAGAGAAUUAGUGAAGAUUAGUGAAUUCUGGCCGUGAAAUAAUUUAGACCUAUUGGUACCUAUUCAGUAGAUCCAGUCUAUUUUCACCUUCGUUGGUUUCCAAUUAGUUUCUGGACCCACUUCAAAAUCCUGGUUAUGACCUAUAAUGUAUACAUGGCUUGGGAUGUCCAUACCUGAGGGAAGAUUUCCUUCUGUAUGUACUUCCUACCUGUAUGUACUUCAGCCCCUAUCUGAGUUCUACCUCUGACCAAACUUUGGAAGGUGGUCACGACAGAGAGGACCUUUUUGGUGGUGCACCCCCCCCAACCGGAUACUUUCCCAAAGGAAGCACACAUGGUGUUCAUGUUGUUGUCUUUUUAACUUCAGCCUGACUCCCCCCCCCCCAUUUUAAAAUCUCCUCAUUUUAGUCCGUGUGGCAUGACUGGUGGUUUCAGCUGAGCUGGGGGGGGGGGGUGUUUUCAAAAAGCUCCUGUGAUUGGCAUGAUAUUGAUG